CGAUUCCAACUCCGGCGCAACUCGUUGGGCUUUGGACUGUAAACAGACGGCGAUGGCUGCUGAGAGGGGCGGAGGCGACAACAACAUCCACGACGACAUGGGCAACCAGCUGCAGCUCGUACCUGAAAAUGAGGAAGAGGAGGAAGAUGAUAUGGAAACUGAGGAUCGUGAUAGUGAGGAUGCAGAAAAACCGAGCAUUAUCAACUUUGACCCCAGCCUGCCAACUUCACAUGCUUACCUGGGUUCAGACAUGGAGGAGUUCCAUGGCCGUACUCUUCACGAUGAAGACAGUGUGCAGAAUCUGCCUGUUCUCCCUCAUGCUGCUCUCAUACUUAUACCGGGCCAGACGCUCCCGCUGCAGCUGUUCAGACCGCAAGAGGUCAGCAUGUUCCGCAACCUGGUCAGCCACGACCGCACAUUCGCCGUUCUUGCACACAGUCCUGAUGCGAGUGGAGGAGAGCUGAAGGCAGAGUUUGGGACAACAGCAGAGAUCUACGCCUUUCGUGAAGAGCAGGAGUACGGCAUUGAAACGGUGAAAAUCAAAGCUAUUGGACGGCAGCGCUUCAGAGUGCAUGACAUUCGCACACAAGCAGAUGGAAUUCGUCAGGCAAAAGUACAGAUUUUGCCUGAGAGGAUUUUACUCGACCCUCUGAGUGCACUUCAGCUCUUGUCCCGUGUACACACACAUGCUUCACCUACCAAGCACACACAACCACAAAGCCAAGUGCAGCGCUGCCAGAACUACAGACGGAGAAAGUUGUAUCCUGCUAGUAUGACACCAUGGCCUCCCUGGGUUUAUGCUCUCUAUGACUCUGAGACUCUAAUGAGUAGAGUAAAGAGACAGCUUCAUGAAUGGGAUGAGAACCUCAAAGAUGAAUCUCUGCCUACAAACGCUAUAGAUUUUUCAUACAGGGUGGCUGCAUGUUUGCCAAUAGAUGAUGCUCUUAGACUGCAGCUGCUUAGGAUUGGCAGUGCCAUACAGAGACUGCGCUGUGAGCUGGACAUCAUGGACAGGUGCACAUCUCUGUGCUGCAAACAGUGCCAGGACACAGAGAUCACAACCAAGAAUGAAAUCUUCAGUCUGUCUCUGUAUGGGCCAAUGGCGGCUUAUGUGAAUCCACAUGGUUAUGUUCAUGAGACACUGACUGUCUACAAGGCUAGCAACCUCAAUUUGAUUGGACGACCUUCUACUCUGCAUAGCUGGUUUCCAGGGUAUGCAUGGACGAUUGCUCAGUGUCGGACGUGUGGUUCUCACAUGGGCUGGAAGUUCUCUGCGGUGAAGAAGGAUCUGAGUCCCCCGCGCUUCUGGGGUCUGACUCGUUCUGCUCUCUUACCCACAAUCCCCCAGGGCGAGGAGGGUGUGGAGGGCUCGCGCCUGCUCUGCCUGUGACCUCAGCAUGACCUGCACCUUUUCAGCUCGCAGCACAUAAAACAUCUAUCACUUCAGUCCUCCACCCCAAAACAUCACUCUCCAAAUCAGAAAGAAAGAAACAUGUUGAGAGACAGAGAGAAAUAGCUUCGACUAGGGCAAAAAGGGGACAGAGAGACAAAAAUGUGUAUGAGGAGUAAAGGAGAGGAGAAAAACAGACUGCUUUGUAAAUUAGUUUCCCUUGCAGAAUCAAACAAGAUGGACUCCAUGAGGCACUUCUCAGUUUAAAUCUAUUGCUUUUACAAUCUGAACAUGUUCCUCUCAUUGUUUUUGCUGUUGUAACAGAUGCUGCUGCGCUCUGUCUAGCAGACUGGAGCGUAGUAUGGAUGAUGACAUACACUUCGCUCACAAUAACUUUGUUAACUUGGCAAUGCCUCAUGUUUGUGUAUGCAUAUGAUGAAAGGGUCAUCACAUUGUGUUUCUUAGUAUUAUGUUAAUAUAAACAGGCCUUCUGUGAGGAGGAAGGACUAUUUGACUAUUAUUGUCCAAAGAAAGAUGACUUCGGUAAGAUUAAUAAACAGCGAGGGGACACCGUGCAACAUGCUCCUGGACGCCACAGUAACUACUGAUGGGGAUGGACAUCUGGUGACUUAGAAAGUAACAGAGUUACUCUUACUUAUCAUUGUAAAGUCAUAUCAGGGGCAAAAUCCUGCUUACUGUAUUUUUGUAUUUAUAUGUUGCCCCCUUUUCCCUAUCUCUUGUCAAUGACAAUGUUUUUGGAUGUAUGUGUGUUGAAGCACUGAAAGGAUUUUGUUAGCAGGCUUAUUAUUAGAGAGGUCUGCAUGUAGACUGCAGCAUUUUUUGGGGAAACUUCUAUUAUAAUGCAGAAUUUCAUUACAUGCAGUACACAGAUAGACUUCACAUACAAACAUCCUGCGCGUACUGCAGCAGUCUCAUAUCCAUAAUGAUAAACCUAGAUACACAAAAUGCACUCAACAGGCCACUCACUUACAUAUCUGUAUCAUAAUGUUCAAAUGAUUCAUUAUUCAAGGGAUUCAGGAUUCAAAAGGAUGUUCAGUUCUACUAACUGCGCUAAUAAAAUCAUUUUUGGAAUGUC